GCUCCUUUCCCCGGCCUCCGGCCCGUCGCUUAGCAACGCGCUAGUCACAGUCGCCGCGCUCUGCGCGGGCUGCGUCGCUGCCCUUCCCGGGAGGCUCCUCGCUGCCUGGUGCUGUAGAGGCCCAUGGAGGGAAAGGAGGAUAAGCAUCAACAGCAUAAAAUAGAGGAUGCUGCUAUAGCAUAUGUAACUGAAAGUAAAGAAGAAAUUAAACAUGAAAACAACCCUGGACAAAGCAUACAACAUUCAAAACCACGUGUUGGAAGAGGACGUAUCUAUUAUGCUAAAUUCAUUAACACAAAUGCAAGAACAUACAGUGAACCAGUUCCCUACAUAGAUCCAAAAAAAGGGCCAGAAAUACAGGGUGACUGGUGGCCACAUGGUAAAGCCCUGGAACCUGUCUUCCUACCACCUUAUGACCCUAAGAGCACCCAGAGGAGUGACUUCCAAAAACCAACAUGUCCACUGGUUCUGCCAGUCAAACACAGCAAGAUGCAAAAGCCUUCUUAUGGAAUAGUUCCACUUGUCUUUCCUGGUACAUCAGAACUUCAAAACAAUUUUAUAGAAUACAUCUCUUUUAUACAUCAAUAUGAUGCCAGGAAAACUCCGAAUGAGCCUCUCUGGGGAAAGAGACAUGGAGCUUUUGUGCAGAGAGAGAUAAAACCAGGGAGUAGGCCGACAGUUCCUAAAGGAACAGAGGUAUUACUGAAUGCUCCAGGGUCACGUUCAUCAGAACAGUCCAAAAAAACAGAGAAAGGAAGCUCAGCGGAAAGCAGAAUGAUCUCACCAGGUCUCUGCCGACAAAAUUCCCAAGAGCUGUUAGAGACUAAAACUCACUUAUCAGAAACAGACUUCAGACAGGCAGCCAAGGCAUGCCCCAGCAGUCCUGAGAGCAGAGAAAAGACCACAGGCGCCACUCAAACAACUGAAGGAGAUGCUCUUUUCACCAGGCACAAGGCUUUAAAUCCAGCAAUUAAAAAAUCAGAAUAAAUUACCUUCUUCUGAUAAAAGUAUAAUCCCCAGAAUAUAGGGGAAUUUCGCAAUCCUCAUCUUGGCCCUCACAUUUACCUUUUUUGUUAUCAAUAACCUGAGAACAUACUAUUUAUGUAAAUGAAAAAAGAGAAAAAAAGACAAUUAGAAUACAAACAAAUGUUAUUGAUAAAAGUUGUCUCCAUUAAGUGAUUGAGACAUUGUUUCCACAUCACAGUCUUUAUAAACACAACUUUGUUUUGCACAAAAGUUAUGAACAUAAUUAACAAAUAUAACAAGACUUUUAGAAGAGAGGCCCUGUUAGAAGGUUGUGAGUGACAGCUUUAGAAUCAAACAAACUGGAGAUGGAAUAUUUGCUUCACUUUAUUCCUUGAGCUGUGUGACCUUGGGUAAGUUACUUAACCUCUCUAGACUUCAGUUUUCUCAACUGUAAAAUUGGGAAAAUAGCAACUUCAUAAGAUUAUUGAGCAUGAGAUUAUGCAUGUCGAUCAAUAGGUGGUCAAUGUAAUCAUAUCAUCACUGCUACUAUAAUUCAAUUUUCAAUUUAAGGAUAAUGUUCUCCUACACAUUUAAAUUUUCCUCCUUAUUCUUAAACUUAGAACUCUUCCAUAUAUAAUUAAGAGUGUGAAAAUCUAAAAAUAUUUCUGCCAGUACAAGAUGCACACAUAGACGCAGACGCAGACACACACACACACACACACACACACACACAAACGCACUUAAUCCAAAGGCAUAUGGGUACUUAGAAUAUUGAAGUAUUUUCCAAAUUGUUUUCUGUUUUACUCAGAUCAUUUCUAGUACCAACUCAACCUUUGCUUUUUGGAUGAGUUUGGUAAGGAUUCAUUCCACUUUGCUUUUUGGAUGAGUUUGGUAAGGAUUUAUUCCACUUUGCUUUUUAGAUGAGUUUAGUAAGGAUUAAUUCCACUUUGCUUUUUGGGUGAGUUUGGUAAAGAUUAAUUCCGCUUCCAAUUUUGUGUGUUCGGUGUGCCACAUGGUAUCUACUAUAUGAUAUGUUAUAGUGCAUACAAUUGGAAGUAGGUGGAGUAUUCCUGUACUAUAAAGAGUAUUUACAAAUUUCCAUGGAGAAAUAUCAGCUGCUCACUAUUUUCAGUAUUGAGAAGACUACAGCUAUAUCUUUAUCACUUUAUCCUCCACAAAGAAAUUUUAAUAAACUGCAAAAGAAUAAAUUUCAUUAUUAUGUAUUUUUAUGUUGGGGACUUCUAGUUCUUAUACAUAAUAUAAAAAUAUUAUAUAUUUUUGUGUUGCCACUUCUAGCUCUAUAUAUCGCCAGUAUAUAUCUUGGAGCUCUUUCCUUGUAGGCUAUCUUGUUAUUUUAAUAGCUCCAUAGUCUUCAAUAGCAAAGGUACUGGAAAAAUCAGAAAGCAAGUUUUGUUAUGAGGGCAGGGAAGAGAGAGGUUGUUAGCAUGUUUGGGAAAAGGUCUUAAAGUCUAGGGACUUGAAUUUUUAUACGCAUUGGAACAGAAACGGAACAUCAUGUCCUCCAAAGGAGGAAGAUAGAAUUGAAACCUGCACAAAGGUAGAACUCUUGAAUGGCUGGCCUGUCAGUACAAGGCAGACUCCACUCCUCUCAUAAUCGGAAGAUAGCAAGGAAGUUUGCCUCUGCCUGGAGCUAUAGAUAGUAUAUAAACUCUGUGAAAAAGUAAAACCCCAAGUUUGUACCACACGCCAGUUAGGAAUACGAAUUUACAUGCAAGUGUUCUCUUAGGACACAAAAUUAUAUAUAUUACAAAAAAAUCCACUAGUGAUACUGCUGAAGUGCCUCACAAAAGCAAAUGCAAAACCCCCUGGAGAGACGUUUCAUGAUCAACACAAAAAAGGAAUCCCUGCUAAAGAUAGUCACACACAAAAAUUACAAAUCAUAAAAGAAAACCAAACUGAGCAAGAGUCUGCAGUACAAAAGAAUGACUAUAAUUUCAAAACUGGAGAUAAAAGAAUUAAAACAUGUAAUUUUAAAUCUGGAGAUAAAAGAAUUAAAACACUUUCCAUUUGGA